CCCCCACUCGCUGCAAAACCUUUUCGAUCGAAAUUCCAGUUAGCAAGAUCAGCUAGAAAAAAAAAAUAGCAGAAACCCCCAAAAAAUCUUGUAAAUCCAAAAAAGCACACACAGCAAAUAAAGGUACUAAAUUGAAAAGUAAAAAGUCAAAGACGCAUCAAGAUGAAUCCAUUUCGUGCCCGGCAAAGUGUGAAUCAUCGGUUUCGCCUGACCUUGGAUCGUUUGCCCGGCGAACCGCUGGACCGUUCGGUGGACCGCUCGAUGGACCGCUCGAUGGAUCGCAUAACGGACCGGCUGACGGAACGCCUGCGGGACCGCCUGCAAGAGCGCAUGAUGGAUCGCCAGCGGGACCGCCGCUUUGUGGACCGGGUGGACCGUGCGGACCGCUCGACGGAGCGCCGGCGGCUGCGGCUCGACCAUCAGCCGGAUGUGGAGCGCUUCAUGUUCAACAUGCGCAUCCUGCUGCAGCGGCACAGGGCCAACUUCAAUCGGGGCGCCGGCGAUGGUGUCGACGUGUGGAAUUGGCGGGAGCCGCCGCGGGCCACCGGCCUAAUGGGCGAGGGCGAUGGCUAUGGCGAUAUAUUUGCGCCACCACCGAGGGCAUUGCCCCCAAUCGCCUAGCACUUCCCCCUCCUCCUCCUCCUCGUCCUUCUCCUCCCUCAAGUACUCCUCCUUCUUCUCCAUCCCACCCUAUAUUCUUCCUCCAGUGUGAUGUCCUUUUUUUCGUUUCCCGAGCGUUGUCCCCGAAACAGAAGCACAAGUUGAUGAGGUGAGAUGAGAGCCAGGAGCCCCAAGCCACCCAACCCGAACCAUCCAAGCCAUCCGAACCAUGCGAACCAUGCGAAGCACCCAUAACCACCAACCAGACUGAAUCCAGAGUACAGAAUCCAGGGAACAGAAACCAGAAACCAGAUACACAGAGCCAGUGUCCAGAGACGCAUGUUGUGCUAUUAUUAUAUCCCCGCUGGGUUGAUGUAUUUUUUGUGGCCCAGCCGUUCGAGGGACUUGGGCAUUCGGAGGACACGCCGAGGCGCACGCAUAUAAUAAUUUCCUGUUCAAUGAGCAAUUACCGUAAUAAAGAUACUACUCGGCUACUCUA